AUGAACUGAUCUCUCCUUAUUGCAGAUCCUGGCUCUAUGGUAUAUAAGUCCCUCCAGGAAGACCCUCCUAGUUACAAUGUCAUCGCACCAUUUGCUCCUCCAGAUUCCUACCCACCAACCGCCCCCAGCCCGGAGAUUAUGGGCAUACCAUCAGGUCUGGAAUUUUUUGUUUCAGAUUAACCAGUUAACUGUUCGGGAAAAAUUUACCACAUCCCAGGGCUGGGGGCGCUCCUUUGAUGUGCUGAACAAUGUCAGCCAACGAGUCUUCCAGAUGGAAGAGAGGGUGGUGUGCUGUGGGCCGCUGUAUGAUGUGACCAUCAGGGACAACGGUGGCAUGGAGGUCAUGCAGCUUCUGGAGAACUGUGGAUGUACCUGCACCAGAGAGAUGGAGGUUCAGUGUCCCCCCGCCCAUCCAAUUGGAUCAGUGAGGCUCCACUGGAACAACUUGGUGACCCACCUGUCCGUCAUGAACGCCAGCAAAGAGGUCGUUCUGAUCAUUCUGGGGCCGAGCAUGCAGACCAGCAUCUUCGGAAACUCCACCUUCGAGGUGAAGUCUCGGGACGAGCAGCAUGUUGUCGGGGUGAUUCGGAUGGAGAGCGGCAAUUAUGUCAUCUCAUUUCCGAUGGAUCUGGAGGUCACUAUAAAAGCCAUUCUCAUGGGUGCCGCCAUGUACCUGGACAAUCUCAUCCUUAAGAAGAAGCAAUAUGUGGAGAGAAAUGCGAGGCACAGACACAACUGA